CAGACCAUGGCCUUCAUGCAGGUCUCAGAGACCCCCAGUCCUGUGCAAACCUGUGUGCUGAUCUUCAUUUUCACCGUGCUCCUGCAAUCCUUUUGUGUGUCAGUGACUUACGUGUACUUCACCAAUGAGCUGAAGCAGAUAAAGGAAAAGUACUCCAGAAGUAGCAUUGCCUGUUUGCUCACAGAAGAUGACAACUUUUGGGAUCCAAAUGAUGAAAAGAGUAAGAGCAAUCCCUGCUGGGAAGUUAAGUGGCAACUUGAUCAGCACAUUAAAAAAGUGCUUUUGAGAACUUAUGAGGACUACUUUACUACACAUCAAGGAAAGCAACCAAAUAUUACUGGUUUAUCACUUAAAAAAUAUUCUCAAAGAGUAGCAGCUCACGUAACUGGAGCCGGUUCCAGAAUCACAGUCAAAACUCCAAGUUCCACAGAUGAAAAUAUAUUAGGCCAUAAGAUAAACUCCUGGGAGUCAUCAAUAGCAGGACUUUCAUUCUUCAACAAUUUGCACUUGAAGAAUGGAGAAUUGGUCAUCCAUGAAACGGGACUUUAUUACAUCUAUUCCCAGAUAUACUUUCGAUUUGGGGAAACUAAGGAAACUAAUCAAAGGAGAAGCAAACAAUUGGUCCAAUAUAUUUACAAAUACACCAGCUAUUCUGUUCCUAUACUGCUGACAAAAAGUGCAAGAAAUAGUUGUUGGUCUAAAGAUACAGAAUAUGGACUCUAUUCCAUCUAUCAAGGUGGAAUGUUUGAGCUUAAGGAAAAUGAUAGAAUUUUUGUCUCUGUGACUAAUGAACACUUGAUUAAUAUGGACCAAGAGGCCAGUUUCUUUGGGGCCUUUUUAAUUGGCUAGAUGAUCUGAUUUGGCGCGGGGAGGAAAUGCCUUGGACUAUGGACUUCGUUCAAAAGACAAAAGUGGGGGCCAGAGCGGUGGCACUAGAGGUAAGGCGUCUGCCUUGCAAGUGCUAGCCUAGGACAGACCAGGGUUCGAUCUUCCGGUGUCCCAUAUGGCCCCCCAAAGCCAGGCGCGAUUUCUGAGUGCAUAGCCAGGAG